GGAACAUGAAGGAUGAAAAGAGAAAUGCCUGGCAGCCGCAUAUCGACAAGAUCGUCGACGCCGCUGUCAGUUUCAAGAAACUGGGCGAUGCUGCCAUGAAAUUUGACCUGUCAGGGUACGGAGCCUUGGCUUGGUCCGUCGUGUCUUUUGGCCUUGAAAUUGCGAAAAAUGCCAAGGAUGCCCACUCCAUCAUUCUUACAAGCUCUGAUACCAUCGCUCAACUACGGUCGAGAUACACUGAGUACGAGAGUCUCUAUAGAGGCGAGCAAAGCGGUUGGACUGGUGACCGAGACGUUUCGGCCAAGAAGAAAGAAGUCGAGAGGGUGGACGAAGAAGUUGCUAAAUACAUAAGCCAUAUCGUCCGGGAGAAAUACGCUAAACGUCGAGUCGAAGAGAUAGUAGAACGGAUCGAUGCUCGUGAACAAUUCGAGAUUCUCGAAUGGAUCUCCAAGAUGCUGUACGGAUUAAACCAUAUCACGGUCAAGGAGGCUCGGGCCAAAGACACAUGCGACUGGCUGUUGCAGCGUGAAGAGUUCGGUGAAUGGUCGAAUGGUAGCUCCAUGAUCCUCGCGCUACAAGGCUCUCACGCACUGGAUGAAUGCAAACCUGAAUCGCGUUAUCGGCUCGUUGACACGAUCGAUUUCCUCAUGGCCAAUGCCCGACAUCCCCUCAGCGUCUUUAUUUCAAGUCGGCCUGAUGCCGACAUACGGGACCGUUUCCUCUCCCGGCCUCACAUCACAAUCCAAGCAACUGACAAUCAAGAUGACAUCGAAAAGUUCGUCAACAAAGAGAUCGCCGGACAUCGACGCUGGAACAAGAUGUCGCCGGCCCUGCGUGAAGAUAUUCUCAAGACCCUUUUAAAUCAGAGCAGCGGCAAGUUCCAGUGGGCAAACCUGCAAAUCAAACAGCUGCUCGGGCUCCAAACCGAAGAAGGGAUCCGGGACCGGCUUGGAAAAUUGCCUCCUGACCUCAAGGAGGCAUACGACGAAAUAUACGCCAAGAUUGCAGCUCGGAACGAACACGACAGAAUCCUAGCAAAUCGUGCCUUCAUGUGGGUCAUAUGCGCCGCUUACCCGCUGGAGAGCUCCGAGCUUCUCUCUACGAUUCUUUUAGACCCGGACAGAAAGAGCUUGGUCGUGUCUGAGGAAGUCGACGAUGACGUCCUAUUAGACAUGUGCAAUAAUCUGCUUGUUCUCGAUCCCCAGAGAAAAUUCUGGCAAUUCCUACACCUGUCCGUCGCUGAGUACUUUGAAGAAUACCACUUCAGCCGUCUGCAGGCCGAUUACUAUGCCACCAAAGUUUGUCUAGUGCUUCUCAAAUCAUGCGAUUAUCAGCUCCUCGGUUCCGGUAGCGACAGCGGAAGCAACAGUUACAGUUACAGCCACAGCCGCAGCUACAGCUACAGCAAACCGCGCAAGUUGCAGCAUCCAAAGCACAAUAUUCAGAUAUACGCCCGGCAUCGCUGGCUUAUCCAUAUCAAAACUCAAGUCUCACCGGAAGCUGAUUCCGUAUUGAUUCAGCUGUUGAGGUCCUUCCUCGGCUCCAUGAACCAGUAUGCAAUACAGGUCGAUAUGGUCAAGAUCUUCCUUAAGAGGGGUGCCGACGCGAACCUAGAGCACAAAGGGAUCUUUAGUAGCCCGUUGGCCGCGGCAGCAGCGGAUGAAAAUGCCGAGAUCGUUGAGCUCCUUCUCAAGAGUGGUGCCGACGUAAACCAAGUACUCCAGACUGGAGAUUACGGUAGCGCGUUGGCCGCGGCAGCAGCGCGUGGAAAUACCGAGAUCGUUGAGCUCCUUCUCAAGAGCGGUGCCGACGUAAACCAAGUACUACAGACUGGAGAUUACGGUAGCGCGUUGGCCGCGGCAGUAGCGCGUGGAAAUAUCGAGGCCGUUGAGCUCCUUCUUAAGAGCGGUGCCGACGUAAACCAAGUACUCCAGACUGGAGAUGACGGUAGCGCGUUAGCCGCGGCAGCAGCGCAUAGAGAUAUUGAGAUCGUUAAGCUCCUUCUCAAGAGCGGUGCCAACAUUAACCAAGUACUCGAUUGGAGAUGA